UAUCAAUUUUAAGUGUAUAAGUUAUUGCAUAUACAUUUGAGUUUAUACAAGACAUAAGUUUUCCACGCCCGUCAUUUGUUUUAACAUGAGAGCUGCCCAGCCAAUAGGGAGGCUCCAAGCGCCUCAAAAAAUGUAUGCUUAUGUCAGCCUCUGAUGAGGAAGUCGGAGCGGUCCUUGGUUGUUACCUUGCGAGUUUAUAAUUCCAGCUCUCUUUUGCUCCAUGGCCCUCUCCAGUAUCCGCUGUUGAGUCGUUCUGACUCUACGAGAAUUUCUGAAUAAAUCUGUUGUUUGCUCAGGAUCUGAUCUAGCACCAAGAUAUUUUUCGGGAGUCAUAUCUGAAUCUGAUUGCUUUGGCGUAUAAAAGCUGCGCCUGGCUUGCGCCUCUUUCCUUCCGCUUCAACAACCUCAACUUCUCCCUUAAGUUAAGAAAUACACGCAAUACCCACAACUUCCUAAAGAUGUUAUCAGCUUCUAAGCGUCUGGGAAAGGAGCUUUCAAAGAUCCACUCGAACCUACCACCAGGAAUAAGCUUAGUCGCUGCGGAUGGCUUCGCAGAGUGGUUCAUGGAUAUCCAAGUCCUCGAUGCGAAUCCGAUCUAUUUGAAUCAAACUUUCCGCCUUAAAUUCAAGUUUACUAACGCAUAUCCAAUCGAGGCCCCUGAGGUAACCUUUGUCAAAACUGCAGACCGUCCGAUCCCAAUACAUCCCCACAUCUACUCGAAUGGCUUUAUAUGUUUAGAUCUGCUGGGAAAGCAGGGAUGGAGUCCGGUCCAGAACGUGCAAAGCAUCUGCAUGAGCAUCCAGAGCAUGCUAACCGGCAACACAAAGCCGGAACGGCCACCUGGAGACGAGGAAUUUGUCAGGACAAAUAGACAGACGGCGAGGGAUGUCAGCUAUAUCUACCAUGACAACCAAGUGUGAUACAUGUAUAUUAUGGAAGAGGAGUUCAAGGAAGUUAUUUACGCUUAGCGCUGAGCAGAAACGAAGCACAGUCGAUGUUACUUGAAACCUCAGCAUAAAUGUAUUGCGAGAUAUUAGGCGUCUAUUAUUAGACUUCACGAAAUUAUGAUAUGAGCCCAU